AUGCGUUUUGUUGUAACUAGAGACAAGGGAACUGCUACAGAUCCAGUUCAGCAGUUAUUUGUGGACAAAAUACGAGAGUAUGCGCAAAAGUCCGCCGAUGGUAAAUUAGUAGAUCCCAGUCCAACUAUCUUGAAAGAAAUGAAGAAAGAACUCGAGAAGUUAGAACAGCAAUUAGGAGGUGGUGCCGGUGUGGACAUGACCACAUUUCCAACUUUCAAAUUUGAUGAUGUAAAGGUAGAUCCUAUUGAUGAAGUGGCUCCUGACAAAGUCGCAGUAAAGCAACAAAAAGGCGGAGACAAAAAAGGCAAGAAGUGA